AUGGCCUUAAACAGGCUUCUCGUCAACGGAUUGUCACAAAGAAGCUAUAUUGAUACAGUUUUGGAUAGAUUCUCCAUGAAAGAUAGUAAACCAGGAGACACACUCGUUGCUAAAGGAGAUAAGUUUUGUAUCAAACAGUGCCUCACUAUGGAUCUUGAAAAGGAAUGGAUGCAUAAGGUUCCAUAUGCUUCAGUUGUGGGAAGUCUUAUGUAUGCUCAAGUUUGCACUCGUUCCGACUUAGCAUUCGUUGUAGGAGUUCUUGGCAGAUAUCUAAGCAACCCUGGUAUGCAACACUGGAUAGCAGUAAAGCAUGUAAUGCGCUACCUGAAGAGAACAAAGAACUUUGUGCUCACUUAUCGAAAGUCAGAUAACUUGGAGAUUAUUGGGUAUUCUGGCUCAGAUUUUUCAGGAUGCCUGGAUAGCAUACAUUCCACAUUUGGUUACAUCUUUCUCUUAGUUGGAAGAACCGUCUCCUGGAAGUCUUCCAAACAGACUUUAGUGGCUCCCUCCACCAUGACAAUAGAUCUUGAGGCUUGCUUUGAGGCAUCAAAUCAUGCAAUCUAG